UGCACGCAGUGUCAGUGUUGUCUGUUCAACUCAACACCGCCAUCUAUGGAUAACAGAUACCGUCCCCUCGCUAUUUAUCCCGCAUCACGUUGCAGCUUGGACGCGCCUGUCAUCUGGAGGAAACUCCUCCCCACAGACAGCGCGUCCUGUCGCCUUUCCAGCGCAAUGGUCUCCUGGAUCAUCUCUAGACUUGUGGUACUUGUGUUUGGUACACUUUAUCCCGCCUACUCAUCUUACAAAGCUGUGAAGUCGAAAGAUGUGAGAGAAUAUGUGAAAUGGAUGAUGUACUGGAUAAUAUUUGCUCUAUUCACGACUGUGGAGGUAUUUACAGAUAUGUUUAUUUGUUGGCUUCCUUUCUACUAUGAGCUGAAGAUAGCCUUCGUGGUGUGGUUACUAUCCCCUUACACUAAAGGCUCCAGCGUGCUCUACAGGAAGUUUGUUCAUCCCACGCUUUCCUCAAAAGAAAAGGAUAUUGACGACUACAUCUGCCAAGCGAAGGACAAAAGCUAUGACACGCUGGUGCAUUUUGGGAGAAAAGGGCUGAACGUUGCGGCCACAGCUGCAGUCAUGGCUGCAACAAAGAGUCAAGGAGUCCUGUCUGACAGACUGAGGAGUUUCAGCAUGCAGGAUCUGUCUUCCUACCAGUCUGACCCUGUCAAUACCGACUCUGGCACCACACAACCGGCACAAGCACAGCACCGGACAAGACCUCUGACACGCAGCAAGACAGAGGGCUACAAGGGACAGGAUUUUGACAUGACUGAGUUUGAGGUGUUGGGGUUAGACCUUCACUUGGAGGCCAAGGAGUUGCUGUCCAAGACCGUUAUACCCUCUGAGCCCCAGACUGAGUCCGAGUCCACAACCCUCACUCCCCCACUGACUCCCCAGUUCUCCCUGUCCUCCACACCCUCUCCACCUGCCACUCCUCCACCUCAGGAGCAGCCCGAGGAGGUAGGGAAAGGGGUGCAGGCAACAUCGAGCUCUCCGCAGCUCCAGCUGAUUAAGAGGAAGGCUCCUGAGCCACCUCGUAGGGUCUUAAGGCCUCUCACAAGAUCCAGGAGUGCUCUUUCGUCAAACAAUGAAGCCAUGUGAAACUGUCCUCAAGACUACUCCAGCUGCCUUUGCUGCAAGAAGUAAAAAUACUGAAUGGCCAAAAGCUACAUGACUGAAGCAGCCUUGCUUUGGAAUAAGGUAUUACCAAAGUGACCUACGAUGACCCCUCUAUACACAGUAUAUAGCUAGUGGCUCAUAAUUAAAAAAUGAGGUUUGUGACACUGAAAUAGAGAAAUGAGUGAAUGGGCUCCAUGCUGGUAGAACAUUUUGAGUUUAUAAUUGAAUAUGUAUUUAUGUACAGUGUGUGUUUCAUCUUUCUGAUUUGAUUGUUUUUAUAUAUCAGGUUUGGGUAGGCAAUCGCAUGUGUGUCUUCCCAGUCAUUAGUCUGCUGUUAAUUACACAGAAUGUAUUGUCACUGAAUACUCCAGCUGGCAUUGAGAGUGACAUGGUCACUGAUUUGAGAAUGUGUUGACAAGCCAAGGAUCAAAAGAAAAGGCAUGGCUGUUUUCACCCUUUUUAAAUCUGUUCUGGAGAAACACCUGUGAGCAGAUGAAUUCUUCUAAUCACACCAAUUUCCUGAGAAAUCACCCCAAAAAAAUCACCCUACCAUGUAGUAAUGAGAUGGCAGACAGAAGUGGCAGAAAUAUUCUGUUAUUUACCUCUUUAUUAAAGCCUUAACGUAAGAGAUAGCAGAGAUAUGAAAAUGUCUCUACACAUGGCGCUAAAUAUUUCUAACACUAUGUUCUCAUUAAACAAUCAUUUUGCACUAUAUUAAGAAUAACUUAACUAAUAAUUACUGCCCUCAGUCCUCAGUCAGAAAUGGCCAAAAAACAAUAAUCAUGAAUAUUAUAUAAUUAUUGUUCAUUUCUUCUGUGGUUGGGAAAUAAUGACUUGCGUAACAAGUGAUAACAUUUCUAAUGCAGAUAAAGAAGUCUCAGUGGAGCAGACUGUUUUGACAAUCUACUGUUCAAUUUUCUUGGCACGUUUCUUCAUUUAUUUGACAAUUUAAGGCAAAUUAGGAAUGUGUCACGUUCAGCUGUAGCAGAAAUGUGAUAUAAUUUAAGUAUAUGUAAACAUGGCUCUUUUUCCAUGUUAUAAAUCACUGUGUAAUGUUCUGCUGUUAACUGAGCAACUCUAAAUCCAACGUUCUUACCUUCUUCUUGCUUCUUCUUCUACUUUAUUGGAGUUCAUGACUCAUGAGUGACUAUAUUGGUUUGCAGGUUUACAAUCUCACAUUAUGUUAAUAUUGGGGGGUGAUACAGCACACUUGUGUAUAUGUAUGUUUUCAUCCUGAACUUUAUUCACUGAGCCUGAGCAACAUUUUACACAAAUGACUACUGUCAGUUGUUGAAGGUUGGACUUGUGCUUUAGAUUCAUAAUUUUCAUUGUAUCUGUAUCAUUCACAGUGGUUUGAAGUUUGAAACAAAAGCUUCUCAGGUACAAAGGUUCUGUUUACACGUCAUUCACUCUGAUGUUGUAGAUACACUUGUUAUGCACAUGAAAUGAAAAAAAAAGAAUCAAACAUUAAAAUCUGAUUAUGUGUUUCAGCAUUAGUAGUAUCAGUGUUAGUGUUGAAGGUUAUUUCCUUCAAUUUAAACUCAUGCAAAGUCAAACAAAAAAAAUGUGUUGCUAAGUAGCAGAUUUGUAAACUUGUGCGUAGAUCUAUAAACUCAUCAUUGCAUGAUAUUUGUUAUUAAUUUGUAUGGAAAUUGGAUUUCUUAAGUGAUAUUGUGAGAAGGUGUUGGCCUCUUCAGAUGCCUGAAUUAUUUUGUCAUUUUCAGUUGCUAUGUAGUACAAACAGGAUAUGUUAUGACUAUCAGUUGGCUAUACAUACAUAUGAGUGACAUGUCUUAUUUACUGAUAAACUAGCCACUUUAUUGAGGAGGAGACACCACUUUACUGAGUUAUCCUAAGAAAUUGUGUUCUGGCAGGCCAGAAUGUCAAAUUACUUAAAUUUCAACUUCAAUGUGAAAUGAAACUAAAAGCAGUGAUGUAAUGACAUGAUGGUUUAUGGCUAUGGAUUUAUUGUUCCAUUUAAUUAAAUAUUUCUGUUGCUUAAAUCAGCCAUUAAAUAUGAAGCAAAA